AUGUUAGUUGAUAAAUGGAAAAGAGAGAAUCCAAUAACUUAAACUAUAAUAAAUUUUUUGGAGGAUGGUUACUUAAGAAAGAAUUUAUAUGAUAGAAAUUCUUUGUAAUCUCUAAGAAAAUGGAAAGGCAGUCGAAGUUUUGAAUUUAUCAAUGUUUUAAUAUGAGUAAUACUGGUCGAAAUAUUGAAGAUAGUUUACUCAAUGGAAAUUUAACCAUAAAUUUCAUUAAUUAAGAAGAUUAAGGAAAUAAUAUAAUAAAAAGGAAUCUAAAAAACGAAAGAUUUAUUAAAUUAGAGAAGAAAAAUAAGUAAUUAAUUUAUAAUGGUGUCAUGCCAGAAUAAGAGUUCCAAAUCAUAAUAAUUUAAAUACCAUAAAGGAAUUAUUAACUUAAAUUUUUAAGAGUCAAACAUUAUUAAAAGGUUGUAUUUCUUUGUAGGUAAUUUUAUAUUCUUUUUAAUAGGUAGGCUUAAUUUAUGUACUUAUUCAUACUUUUUUGUCAAGUUCUUAAUUUUAUACAGUAGCAAACUAUUACAAAAUAUGAGUAACAAGAUUCUCAUUAAAAUAUGA